UAAGAUGACCUGCCUUUGGAGAACAUUCCAGAAAGUCUCUGUUGGGCUUCUCUUCUUGGGGCUCUGUGGCAUAGCUGCAGGUGGCAGAGUGUUGGUGGUCCCUUUUGAUGGAAGCCACUGGCUCAGCUUGAAGAACAUCGUGGAGACUCUCAGUCAGAGGGGUCAUGAGAUUGUGGUGCUGGUCCCAGAAGUCAACCUGCUUCCCAAAGACUCCAGAUACUACACAACAAAAAUCUACCCAGUGCCCUAUGACGAGGAGGAACUGAAGUCUCGCUUCCAUGCCUUUGGAGUCAGCCCCUUUAUUGAGAGAUCAUUCCUCAGUGGUCUUUUCUUAGAGAUGAAGCUUUUCACAGAUUUAACUGACUUAUAUCACCUCAACUGUCAAGGUCUUUUAAAGGAUUCUAACACCAUGAACUUCCUCAAGGAGAGUAAGUUCGAUGCUGUGUUUGCAGACCCAGCCAUAGCAUGUUCUGUGAUCCUGGCUGAGUAUCUCAGUCUGCCCCCCAUCUACCUCUUCAGAAGCUUCCCUGGUUUUGCAGAGCAGUACUGUAUGAAAAGCCCACAGCCUGUGUCCUAUGUUCCCAGGAGCUACACUCAGUUCUCAGAUAAGAUGACCUUCCCCCAAAGGGUGGUCAAUAUCCUCCUUAGUUUUCUUGAGCCCUUUGUAUCCUACAUGUCAGAUUCAAUGUACCAAGAAUUGAUUUCAGAUGCCCUUAAGAGAGACGUGAGCUUAUCCUCCUUAUAUGGGAAGGGCUCCCUGUGGCUGCUGAGGUAUGACUUUGUGUUUGAGUACCCCAGACCCGUCAUGCCCAACAUGGUGUUCAUUGGAGGAGCCAACUGUCAGAAGCAGGGAGUCCUCUCUCAGGUUGGUGGUUUCAAUUUCUUUUGGUUAUCUUGAUUAAUUGUUUUACACAUUUCUUAGAUGUCUGACUUUGUUUACACAUUGAUAAUUUUUCUUUUCUUUUUUUUAAAUUUCCUUAUUUGGGAAUUAAUGUUUUACAUUCAACAGUAAAUACAACAGUUUGUACAUGCAUAACAUUUCCCAGUUUUCCAUAUAACAAUACAACCCCCACUAGGUCCUCUGUCAUCCUUCAUUGAUCAUUUUUCAACCAGUCACUG